AUGGAGCAAAGAAGCGCUUUGAUACCAAAGCUGGGAGCGGCACGGUGUGGAGGAGCUGUGAGGAGGGAGGUGAUCCUCCCCUCUGCUCAGCGCUGGGAGGCCGUACCUGGAGCGCUGGGUCCAACCCUGGGCCCCCAGUCCAUGCACACAGCGGAGAGAGCCCAGCGCAGGGCCACAGAAGGGGCUCCUCCUGGUCGGCAUUCCCAGCCGCCUGGACGUGGGCGCCUGCACCCAGCUCCGGGUGUCCCUACCGGGCAGGGGCUGCCGCCCCGUACCCCGAGAUGCCGUCCAACUCCGCCGCCCCGCGGCCGCGCGGUGCUCUCGGCCCGUCCCCUGCCGGAGGCGGGGGUGUUCCGGGGUGCCCGGCGUUGCGGCGGCCCCGCUCAUCUCCCCCCAGGCGGCUACGGCGCUUGGCAGGAGCGGGCGGCCCGCGACCCCGCCGCUUUCUGGGCGGAGGCGGCGCGAGGGGCGCUGCGCUGGGACAGCCCCUUCCACACGGCCCGCGAGGCCGCCCCGGCCGGUGCCGGAGCCCGCUGGUUUCUGGGCGGCCGCCUCAACGUGUCGGUAAAUUGCUUGGACCAACAUGUUGAAAAGACUCCAAACAGAGUGGCUUUGAUAUGGGAGAGAGAUGAGCCUGGAACUGCAGUGCACGUCACAUACAGAGAACUUCUGGAUCUGACCUGCCGUCUUGCCAACACCCUGAAGAAGUAUGGGAUACAGAAAGGGGACAAGGUUGCCAUCUAUAUGUCCGUGUCUCCCCUGUCUGUGGCAGCCAUGCUGGCUUGCGCCAGGAUUGGUGCCGUUCACACGGUGGUCUUCGCGGGAUUCAGCGCAGAGUCCUUAGCUGGGAGGAUCAUGGACUCUGAGUGCAAAGCAGUUAUCACCUACAACCAGGGAGUCAGGGGAGGCCGAAUCACAGAGCUGAAGACAACGGUGGAUGAAGCUGUAAAGAACUGUCCAAGUGUCAAACACGUCUUUGUGGCGCAGAGGACAGACAAUAAAACCCAGAUGGGCGAUCGUGAUGUUCCCCUUGAAGAAGAGAUGGACAAGGCAGCUUCUGUAUGCACUCCAGAGAGCAUGGACAGUGAAGACAUGCUUUUCAUGCUGUAUACCUCAGGCAGCACAGGGAAACCCAAAGGAAUCGUUCACACCCAGGCUGGAUACCUACUGUAUGCUGCUCUCACACACAAGUACGUGUUUGACUACCAGCAAGGCGAUGUCUUUGGCUGCGUAGCUGACAUUGGCUGGAUCACAGGACACAGCUAUGUUGUGUACGGACCACUUUGCAAUGGAGGCACCACUGUGCUGUUUGAAAGCACUCCAGUGUACCCUGACCCAGGCCGUUACUGGGAAAUGGUACAAAGGUUGAAAAUAAAUCAGUUUUAUGGAGCACCUACAGCUAUACGCUUGCUGUUGAAUUAUGGAGACAAGUGGGUGAAGAAAUAUGACAGAUCAUCCCUGAAGACCCUGGGAUCAGUGGGAGAGCCCAUUAACAACGAGGCUUGGCAGUGGUUCUACCAUGUGGUGGGAGAAGGGCGCUGUACCCUCGUGGACACUUGGUGGCAAACAGAAACCGGUGGCAUCUGCAUUGCCCCACGGCCUUCAGAGGAGAAAGCUGAUAUCAUUCCAGCUAUGGCUAUGAGACCCUUCUUUGGGAUUUUCCCUGUUCUGAUGGAUGAAAAUGGAAAGGUUUUAGAGGGCAAUGAUGUGUCCGGUGCGCUCUGCAUCACUCAGCCAUGGCCUGGCCUGGCAAGAACAAUCUACAGAGAUCACCAGCGAUUUGUUGAUACAUAUUUCAAAGCCUAUCCAGGUUACUAUUUCACAGGGGAUGGUGCUUACAGGACGAAGGAAGGCUAUUACCAGAUAACAGGGCGUAUGGAUGAUGUCAUUAACAUCAGCGGACACAGGCUCGGGACAGCAGAGAUAGAAGAUGCAAUGGCUGAUCACCCUGAUGUCCCUGAGACAGCUGUGAUUGGGUAUCCCCAUGAAAUCAAAGGAGAAGGUGCAUUUGCUUUCAUAGUGCUAAAGGAGCAGACAGCUCAUAUAGACCAUGUCAAAGAAGAGCUCAAAACUAUAGUGGCUACCAAAAUAGCAAAGUAUGCUGUGCCUGACCACAUUCUGGUGGUGAAACGUCUUCCUAAAACACGAUCAGGGAAAAUCAUGAGGAGGCUGCUGAGGAAAGUAGUCACUGAGCAAUCAAGUAACAUGGGAGAUGUCACCACACUUGACGAUCCAAGUGUCGUCACAGAGAUAUUGGAUGCUUACCAGAAAUACAAAAAGGAGAAGAGUUCCUCAUAG